AUGCCCCUUGAUAGGGGUUGCUCUGUGUCCACUGGUUUAGCAGACCGGACCUCACGUAGCGCUGCAUUUGACAGUUUUGGAACCCUUGCUGCGAUUGGAGUUGCUGUUUGUGCGGUGAUUAUAAUUACUAUUAUUCUGUGCCUCACCUGUUCAUGUUGCUGUUUGUAUAAAGCAUGUCGAAGACCACGGCCUGUUGUGACCACCACUACUUCCACUACAGUGGUUCAUGCUCCCUACCCCCAACAACAGGGAGCAUUACCCAACUACCAGGUAGACCCCUAUCAGGGAGCAUCACUCAACUACCAAGGAGCCCCCUAUCAAGGAUAUCAGCCUGUGGCUGUCCAGCCGCAACCUGGAAUGCCAGUAGCACCGUACCCUGUACAGUAUCCUCCCCCUUACCCCAUGCAGCCAUCAGGACCCCCAGCUUAUCAUGAAACAGUGGCAGCUGAUGCUGGAGCACCUUACCCAAUCAGCCAGCCGCCUUACAACCCUGCUUAUGUGGAUCCUCAGAAGCCCACCUAUUGA